ACUCUGCGUGUAUCUCUUUCCAGUAAAAUCAAAGCCUAAGCCCUAAAAUUGUAAUCCCUAAAAUCAAACCCCUACGCUCACUGCUCAGCCCCUCGCGACGCAACCUGCGACUUCGGCUCCUCACCGGCGUUCAAUACUCCUUCGUCUCCUCGGCUCCUCACCGGCGAAGUCCGAAGACUGCGAACUGCCCAGGUAUGCUACAUUCGCACGCCACAGUUUUCUUAGUUUGCCAGACGGAAUCCGUUUCCAGGUGAAAAUUACGCCAGUUCGUAGGUUUUUGUUUUAACACUUAUCUAUUGCACUAGAAGUUGAAGGGACAAUGAGUAGUAGCAAUGAAGUUGAGUGUGGCUGGAAAAUCGUUCACAUUCCUGAUAAGCCCCCUGUUCUGCCUCACCUACAACCCACCGUGAAUGUGUAUGCUGCUGAAGUUGAACCUAAAGAUGCUAAUACUUUAGUAAGGAAGUUAAAUCAAAUUUGUCCAUUGGAAAACCUGCGGCAUGUAAAGCGGAUACGCAAGAAGUGCAUUGAUGGAGGAAAACCUCAGUUAUCUUUAAUGUUAUCUAUGACAAAUGAAGAUGCUGGUGGCAUGCCAAGCAAUGUGCUGGAGCUUGUGAAAUCAUACCAGUUGAGUACUUUCAUCACAAAAGUCUGCAAAUAUGCUGCAUCAACAAAAGAAGAAUGGGAAGAACAGUGUAAACUUUGGCCAACUUCCUUCCAUCCACCGACAUACAAUAUCAGUGGCAUAACUGGGUUUAGUGAAGAGGAAUCACAGUUAGUUUUCAGCUUUAUGAAAUCAGCAAUUAAUUUGGCAAAAUCCAUUGAUGGCCUGGUGAUCAAUGCUGCUAUCAUUGUGGACCCUUCAACUAAACAAGUAAUUGCAAGUGCCUGUGAUGAAGUGAUGUCUUUGAACAGUUCCAGAAAUGAGGCCAGGGAGGGCAUAAGCUGCUCUAGUCAACGAGAAGCCUCUAGUCACACCAGAGCAACUGAUAUGGCUGACCAACCAAAAUUGCUUUCAGAUGAUUCCUCAAACAAACCUACAGCAGUUUAUGAUAAUAUUUCAUGUUUACAUCCUUGGAAGUGGGCGGAGCAACAAUUUAGUGCUAGCUUCAGCUCUUGGCAUCCUUUAAGGCAUGCGGCUAUAGUUGCUAUUGACCAUUCAGCUACCAGGGAUCGACAGCUUUUUCCCUCUGCAGGAUAUAAUGGAUAUCAUUUUGCUCAAGAGGAUUGUGUGCUUUCUCCUCUAGUUGGGUCUCCAUCAAAAAGGCAAAAGGUCAAUCCAACAGAUGGUCAUGGGCAACACACUACGCUCUUAAAGAAUUGGAUGAAAGAGUACUGCAUACAUGGUCUCAGAGAAUUAGGUGAAGAUGACAACAAACUAGAGCAGUGGAUAACUAAAUUCCUUGAAGGCCAAGACAAAACACCAAAAGUCGAUACACCAACUUCCUCAAAAACUCAGCAAGUAGAGGGAGAUGUUAUUUCACUCAAAAUGUUUUUGGAAAGGACACAUCAUUAGUUUUUGGAAAAUCAGCAACCCUCCAUGUUGAAUUAUCACCCACAUGAGGUUGAUCGACCGAAACACUGGCUUGUAUUUGUCCUGUCUCAAAAUAUGGGUGAUCAGUAAUUGUGGAGGAUGAAUCAUCCAUUUUGAGUGAAAUAGCAUCACCCUCUGCUUGCUGAAUUUUUGAGGAAGUUGGUGUAUUGAUUUUUGGUGUUUUAUCUUGGCCUUUGGAAUUUAGUUGUCUACUGCCACGAAACCAAAUGCUAUGGUCUAAGUCUGGGCAGAAGAAGGAAUAGGAAGAAGCAUUUUGCCACACUUCAAGGCUGGGUUUGCUUGAGAUCCCAAAACUCCCUUGGUCCCCUUUUGGGAUUUAAAUUUAUGCUUCCCAUUAAUCCAAUGAAUUUUCCCUUUUUAUAAUGGGGAAAAUACAAGACUCCAAUAACUAAUAAUCACUUUAAGACUAGAUAACUAAUUAAGACAAAGACUUCUAAUUGAAUCAAAUAACUGGAACACCUAAAAGACUAAGACAACCAACUAUUAAGCAAUUCUAAUCUUAACUAACAUCUAUUAAAUAAUUGAUAA